GUUUCCUGAAUGCAGCACCACUCUCUUCGUUGCCACAAGAUCAAGCCACAAGUGGCUAAGAUAUUUAGCUGUAGAAAUAACGGGUUAUUCGGCUGCUUAGGCAAACUCAAAGCCAAAUUUUCAUUCAGAGUUAAAAAAAACUCAUCCAGAAACAACUAAGGUUGCUCAAAGACUUUUGGAACAGAGUAUUAUCUGACUUCGACAGGUCAGGUCUGACACUGCUGCUGAAGGCGCACUGUUUGACAGUUCAUGGAAGUAACGUUAACGUUGAGCAGCGGGCGGUUCAACUUUCCCUCUGACAACAUUGGCUCUUUUACCAAAUGCCUACUAUGGCGUCUGUUUUGGAGGAUCCAACCCUAGAGAGACACUUCAAGGGACAUAAAGAUGCCGUCACCUGUACAGACUUCAAUCCAAACCGCAAACAACUGGCCUCAGGGUCAGUGGAUAUGAGCCUGAUGAUCUGGAAUCUAGCUCCAAAGGCGAGGGCUUUCCGCUUUGUUGGCCACCAAGACGUCAUCACUGGGUUGCAGUUCUCCCCCUCUGGUAACCUGGUGGCCACUUCCUCUAAGGACAGAACGGUCAGACUGUGGACACCUUCCAUGAAAGGAGAGUCAACAGUGUUCAAAGCCCACACGGCCCCUGUACGCAGUGUUGCUUUCUCCCAUGACAGCCAGAGACUGGUGACGGCGUCCGACGACAAGUCUGUCAAAGUGUGGAGCGUUCACCGGCAGUGCUUUGUCUACUCUCUCAACCAGCACACCAACUGGGUGCGCUGUGCCAGAUUUUCUCCUGAUGGCCGUCUGAUAGCUUCCUGCGGAGACGACCGUACCGUCCGGCUGUGGGACACGUCCACCAAACACUGCAUCAACUGUUUCACUGACUAUGGAGGAUCAGCAACGUUUGUUGACUUCUACUCAAGCGGCACCUGUAUUGCAUCCUCAGGAGCUGACAGUUCACUAAAAAUCUGGGAUCUACGGACCAACAAGCUGAUUCAGCAUUAUCAAGUCCACAGUGCAGGAAUCAACAGCUUUUCCUUUCACCCAUCCAACAACUACCUGAUCAGUGGCUCCAGUGACAGCACUGUUAAGAUCCUGGACCUGCUGGAGGGACGCCUCAUCUACACCCUCCAUGGACACAAGGGCGCCGUAAUCACAGUAUCCUUUUCCAGGGCUGGGGAUCUCUUUGCCUCAGGGGGUGCUGAUAGUCAGGUGCUGAUGUGGAGGACAAACUUUGACACCAAAUCCUACCAGGACGUCCUGCAACAACACAGCCGGAGAUCCACCCCUGAUCCCCCACCCCAUGUGACUGACAUCCACCCCAGAGGACCCCACCUUCACCACCCGCAGCCCACAGCCAUUCAGAUCAGUCCAACAGUGGCAGAUACACAGUCCACUGAUCCACAUGUCAUAGAGCUGGGCCAAUCUGUUCACAGCACCACGGCCGCCGCCAACAGUUACCACUCCAACGGUUUGCCCCCGCAGCACGUGGGCAGCUCCAGAGUGGAAGGAUGGAUGGGAGACGGAAGUGCCAGUAGGGCAGGUGCGACUGCCAGGAGCCAGACUGGGGCCGACGGGAGAGGAAGAGGAAGGAGAAAGGAAGAGGAAGAGGAGAGAGGGCAGACGCACCCACUGGAAGUUCUUUCCGGUCAACCAUCGGGUCUGGACUCUACCCUGCGGCACAUUGUUCAACAGCUGGAUAUCCUCACGCAGACUGUUUCAGUGCUGGAGGAGCGUCUCACCCUGACUGAGGACAAGCUGAAGGAGUGUCUCCUCCACCAAUCCCACAUUCUCAGUGAUGUGCAAUCAUCGGGAGGGAGGCGGAGGACUGAGAGCGAGGAGACGGAUGGAUCACCUGUCCACUUCACUUGAGGACGACCUCACCCUUUGUCAGACUGCAGCACAAACACACAGACCGAGUUGUAUUGGUUGACCCCAAGACAGCUGGACAUGAGUGUCUGCUUGUGUGUGUAUGUGUCUAUGUAAAUAUGUGUGUCUGUGUGUGAUUCUAAAUUUCCACCUUGGUGGUCUCUCUCGGGGGUCAGUAGGUUAAUCAGGAUUUGGGCCGGGGUCAAAGUGAGUUUUUGUGUGUGUGUGUAAUAGCAACAAUUCUCCAUGUAUUUCAUCACCUCUCAAGGAUAUCCAGCUGUACAGCCAAGCACAGUCUGGCUGGGACAUUCCAGUGUGUGUGUGUGUGUGUGUGUGUGUGUGUGUGUGUGUGUGUGUGUGUGUGUGUGUGUGUGUGUGUGUGUGUGUGUGUGUGUGUGUGUGUGUGUGUGUGUGUGUGUGUGUGUGUUGAUAAACAUGUUGCAUCCAAUCGGGACAGCUGCAGCUAUGAAAACAGAUGGUGAUUGUCUGCUGUAUGACCUCUGUGUGUGUGUGUGUGUGUGUGUGUGUGUGUGUGUGUGUGUGUGUGUGUGUGUGUGUGUGUGUGUGUGUGUGUGUGUGUGUGUUUACAUGUGUAAAUUUGUGUAUUGCCAUGUUAUUUAGCAGUUAGUUGCUUCUGCAAUAACUUCUUUCAUUGUAAUCUGUUUGCAUUUUUACAUAAUGCCAUGUCAUUUUAAAACCAAGUGGUGCUACAUAUUGCCUCAAAUACACAUUGGAUAUUAUUUAUAUGAAUAAAUUAGAUGCUGUAUCUCA